CCUUCCUGGGGUAGGGAAGGUGGAGUUUAGCCUUUUGUUCCCAGCCCAGGGAGCUGGUUGGACAGGAAGAGCAGAUCGAGAUCCUGCUGCAGGUUGGCGGGUCGGAGGCUCCUGGCAGCUGCGGCCCUGCAGCACCUGCAUGGCGGAGCGCGCAGGUAGGGACUGGGAGCGCGGCCUGCCUGCAAGGCUCCCCCAGCCUGCCGCUGGGCGCCAAGGGAUGGACGCCGGAGCAGCCAUGGCCUGAUCCCCGCUGCGAAGAUGUGUCGGCUCAACAACCUUGACCCUGGCGGGCAUCAGAAGCUGCUAAUGAAGACGGGGCUCAUCCUCAUUGUCAUCGGCCACCUCAACUUCAUCGUGAGUGCCCUGGUCCAUGGGACCGUGCUGCGCUACGUGGCCAACCCCCAGGACACCAUCUCCCUGCAGUAUGCCGUCUCCAACGUCGUCGCCGUGAGCUCCGCGCUCCUGACCAUCUCCUGUGGCAUCGCCGCCAUCAUGCUCUCCAGGUACCUCAUGCAAACUGCCCUGAAGUGGGCCCUCUUCUCCCUCAGCGUGAGCAGCACCCUCCUCUCGCUCUUCUGCUCGCUGGGCCUGGCGGUCUCCAUUAUCCUCACCUUUGCCAACCACGGGCGUGCGCUGCUGGCCACCUGCACCUUCGCGGACGUGGAGCUGAUCCAGAUCUCCAGCGAAUGCCCCUUUGACCCCACCCGUGUCUACAGCUCCACGCUGUCCCUCUGGACCAUCUCCCUGAUCCUGGACUUCGUGGAGAUCAUCUUCAGCACCCGGUGCUUCCUGCUCACCCUGCGGCUCCUGCACCUGAGACUCUGCUGCGGGACCCGUAAGAAAAAGGUCUCGCUGCAGGCUGUCCCGGCGGAGAACCUGGAAGCUGGCGAGUGCUGGGACCUGCUGAGACAGGACCGAGUGGAGGCGGUAUGGCUCUGAGCGGCGCAGCCAGCCCUCGGCACCUCAGCAUCCUGGCCAUGCCCCCCCACUGACUGUGCCAUGCUGCCCUCACCCCAAGGGCUCCCAGACUCUGCCCGCCCAGCAGCAGGGGGGCUGUGGCAUGGACCCAGAGCUGCUAUGAAGGGAAGGGCUCCUCCUGCAUCCCGUGAGCAGCGUGGCUGUGCUGAGCAGGCAGCGAGCUCCUUCUCUCUACACUGGGCUGCUGCAGGGAGCCCAUUCCCCUGGCACCCGGGCUCACUGAGUGACCCGCAGACCCGUGCCUGGGCAGACGUCGGCGCCGAUGGAGCCCCCUGCGCCCAGCUGCACUGAGACAAAACUUUAUUCUGAAGUUAUUAAAAGAACAAAAGCAGCCCCCCCCACCGCGUGCACCCCCGGCCCUACGGAGUGGGACCAGCGCCUGCCGCGUCUCGUGCUGGGCUGCCCCGGGCUCCCCCCAGGCUGGUCCUGGGGAGAGAACUGAGGGCGGGGGCGGAGGGGCUGGCGUGUGCCUGUGCGGGGCCUCUGUCUUGGUGCGUGUGGCAAAGUGCACGGGGUGGGGAGGGGCCGGCAGGCACCCCAGGACAGUGGGGUUGAGUGGGAGCUGGCAUCUGCCCGUGCUCUAGGCUCUUGCCCAGAUGCAGGAGGUGGGAGCCAGGGACUGGCUGCCAAGGACUGGGGAUCACCUUGGUCCCUUCUCCCCCCAGAGCUUCUCCUGCCCAGGCCCCUAUCAGUGGUGGCUCUCCCCUCUCCCCUCAGGGGUGGUGGAGUGGCCAGAAGCUCAGGCACCUCUGGCUGAGGCAGGGGGUCUGCUUUGGUAGGGAGCUGGGAGGGACAGCCUGUUCUCCCAGAUCCCACGGUCCCCGGCAUCCUUUUCCUCCCCCCCAGCCCCGAGCCCUGCAUAGGAUGGAGUGACCUUUCCUUUAUCUCAGGCCCCCUUUUUGGCUUUGCCGGAGGGGGUCGGGCUCCUAUUUUCCCCAGAGGCACUGAGCAAGGUCUUGUUCCCCAGCUGGGUGGUGGCGAGAGAAGCCCUGGCCCUCCAGCUGGCUCAGGGUUGGGCUGGGCUUGCUCUGCCCACUGCCCCAGGGCUGCAGGGAGCCAAGUUAUGGAGAAGCCUGCCCGGGGCCCAGCUGCAGCUGGGGAGAGCCGGGGAGGCUGUCUCUGCGUGCACUUGGACCCUACCUGGCUGCAUGCUGCUCCCAGCCGGGGCCUCCCUAGCUGCACCCAGGAGGCACCGGCAGAGCAACCGGGCUCUCCCCUUGAGGGCAGGCACCAGGGCCAAUACUGCUGAAGCCCCCUGACUAGGACUGUGGCAAUGGAGAGGGUGGGAGUAGCCUGGCCUCACUCCUGCUGGAGGACCAGGCAGAGCACGGGGGAAAGGACGGCGGGUCCUGGCUACAGCAGGGGUUACUGCUGCGGCAGGUGCUCAGCCGACCUGGCUCCCCACCCCCACUGGAUACAAGGCAGAGGUCUGACAUCUCUUCCCCUCCUGCCCCCACCUGCAGAGACAACGGGGCUGAGCUGCACCCCCUCCCACAGCAGAGCAGAGCAGAGCACCCUGCAGCUCCAGUCAGGAGACUACCCCCCCCCCCCC